UGCUGGUAGGCCCAGCCCGAGUGAGGCGGGAAAGCCGAGGCGCCGAAUGGCCGAACGGCGGAGCGGAAUCCCCUCGGCAGCAGCAGCAGCAGCGGCGGCGGGCGGCGCCAUGAGGCUGAGGUGACGUCGCUUUCAAACGCCAACCGCCGCCGGGAAGCGCGGGGUUGGAACGGGCGCCGCACACCAGGCGCUGCCCCCGGGGAGAAGGCAACGUCAUAACCGUCACAGGGAAGUGGGCCGAAAAGAAGAUGUGACUUCCCAGGAAAAAUGAAAGCAAGUGGUUUGAAAAGCAGCAACAAAGGACAGUUGCCCUGUGAUAUGCAAGGAAGAACAGAAAGAAGUAGGCCUCCGUUGAAAACUGUAAAGAAAGAUUCCACAAAGUCAGACAAAUUUAAAUACAAACCACUUACUGGGAAAGUGUUCUAUCUUGACAUUCCAUCUAGUGCCGUCUCUGAAAAACUAGCAAAAGAUCUUAAAGAGUUGGGAGGGAGAAUUGAAGGAUUUCUGAGUAAAGAUAUUACCUAUCUAAUUUCUAAUAAGAAGGAAGCAAAAUUUGCUCAGACUUUUGGACCAAUAUCUCCGGUGCCAAGCCCAGACUCUAUAUACAAUGGUGGAAACAGUUCACCACAUCCAAGCAGCAGAAGAGAUAGACAUGAUGGAAGUUCAUGUAAACCAGCAGAUUCAAUGCGUAUGAGUAGAGGAAAAUCCUUAGUUGAAAGAGCAAUCAAGGAACAGGAAUUAAUCCCUUCAGGUAGCAUACUAUCUAAUGCCUUGAGCUGGGGAGUGAAAAUACUUCAUGUGGAUGAUAUUAAAAAUUAUAUUGAUCAAAAGAAGAAAGAUCUCGCUCUGAUCAAGAAAUCAAGCACAGAAAUCAAAGAUGUUGAAAAAGAGAGAAGUGAUCAGAGAACAAAAAGUAAACUGAAAAAUCCUUUUCUGAAGGUAGAAGAUAGAAGAUGUCAUUACAGACCAUUUUACAUUCAACUGUCCAGUUUUCCUGUUAUCAACUAUUCUAAUCCAAGACCUUGUAGUCCAUUUGAUGUAGAAAAGAAGAAUGCUAAUGGCCAAAAGGAAAUUCAGAAUAAGCAAAGAAACCCAGAAAAUAAAGAGAAAGAGAAGGCCCCAGUACAAGUUCCUCCAAAGCAGAAGAAGAGAAAAGGAUACUGUGAAUGCUGUCUGAAGAAGUAUGAUGAUCUUCAAGCUCAUGUUGAAAGUGAGCAACAUCAGAAUUUUGCACAAAGUUUGCAUUAUCAGGUUGUGGAUGACAUCAUUUCCAAAGUUUCCUGUGACUUUUUAGAAUUCAGGGAGAACACACCAAAAAUUAAAAGGCGAAAAUGUAGCGUUGGACAAUUUGCUCCUCUUAUUGGGACAAAAACAGAGGAAAUGAAAGAAAGGAUGAAGAGGCAAGAUAUGCCACUGAGGUGGUAUUCUAGAAAAAUAAUGCAGACAGUGAAGGAAAGUUCUCAAUGCCUGGAAGCCCGUCCUAAUUCUGCACUCAAGAAUUCUACCUCUGAACCUUUACAUUCUGUUUAUUCCUACCACACCAUCUGUUCUUCAGAUGCAUCGCGGAAAGUGAGCGGCAACACUGAGAGUGGUAAAAUGUCAAAAGCCUCCAACUUAACAGAGAUUGCUUUAUCCACAAACCUGUAUCAGCUGCCUCCCGAGAAAGAAAUUAAAGUGUGUACGAAAAACCUGUCUGAAAUAUAUGAGCAUUAUGAGUCUGUUUCAAGGCCGAAUUUGCAUGGGUUUUCAACAAAUCUAAACUUGCUCCACAAUCAAAUCCAGGGCCCAGAAAAGAACCAUAUCUCAAUGCCCAAAAGAAAGUUGAACAAUGGCGCUCUUCUGCCAGCAAAAUGUUUGAAGAAAGUGGAUACUCAUUCAAGGGUUGACAAAGAUGUUGCUGACCUUCGCAGAGAGAGCAGUUUUCCUAGAGAACUUUCAGUCCUCUUAGAGACAGAGAAACCACCACACAGUCCCCUUGCAAACAAAGAGCCCAGUGACACGAGAGAUACCAGUACACAAAGUUCACCUUCAAUAAAACUCAGCAGGAAAGUCAUACACUCCGUUGGGAGGAAUAAAAAAGAAAUUUCAAGACAAAAUAUAAGGGUAUGCUCACAGCCGACUGAUAAACCAUCUGCUCCAGAGAAAAUAACUGCACAAGGCUCAUCAACAAAUGCACUAUUACAGUUAUUUCAGACCAGCGAUACAAACUCUGAUUUUGCGGGGUUUUCAAGUAUUCAGGAAAACAAAGAAUCCAGUUUAAUGAAAGAAACUUGGGAAGACCAGCAUACAGAUCUUCUGUGGUCUUUGUUUUCUACUUCUGCUUCGUCGUCACCAUUUAUUGGAUUCUAACCCUGCUUUAUUUCAAACGAGUUUUGAAUAAAGGUGCGACCUGAAAGAUA